GCUCCUGGGCCCACUUCCAAAUGGGCCCAAAUUUCGUUUACGGUCAACUGUACACUGCUUUAUCGAGAGUGGCGCCUUGAGGAGUCGAUGCAACCUGCCCAUUCGCGUCAUCAAAAUAAACAACAUCCUCCCGCAUGCUGAGGUAUAUUAUUGUUGCCACUCGCAUAUCGCUAACCGUAAUUACUCUAGUCUCUUAACGGUAACCUGAAUAAUAUCCUUCCAAAGUAUCGAUUCAAAUGAGGCUAGGAUGAUUGCAAACAGAGAGUGAAAUACGAGCCUAUAGGCUCCGCGUUAUCCAUUUCUGCCGGUCACCGCUCAUGCGAAAUGGAACGACGGGAACCAAGAAUUCAGCCUGGCCGUCCUUUCAAACUAUAUAAUGAUGCUGGACAGCAAAAGACUCCAAAUUACUGAUGUCCCGCUUCACAGCGACCACUUUGCGCUGUGCACUGCGUCACUUUGAGACUGCUUGGCUUUUCACAAGAUCUGACCUCAAGACAACAAUUUUUCCCGUGAUGAUAUUUACAACUGUUGUAUCUCCUCGCCACAACCCGCUAGACCUAUCUUGCGCUCUCUGCUGGCUCUGGUUCCAUCUCUUUCAAUUUAAUGCAUCUAACCAAUCCUACUCUGCGCAUGAAGACAUCUUGAACAAACCAUGGCGUCCUGUGCCGUCCGGGCGCAUUAGCGUGAAGGAUUCUCGUGCAUUGCGCUGGGGACUCAUGGUUAUCUGCCUAGGCUUUUCAUCCCUUUUCAGCUUAGAUGUCGUUAUAACCAGUGGGGUUUACACCGUGUUCCUGAUCAUGCAUGACGAUUUUCAUCUCAGUCACCAUCCAAUUUUCAAGAAUUUAUGCAGCGCAGGAGGUUAUGUGACAAAUGAACUCGGUUCUUCGUUGAUUCUGUCAAGGGAAUCUUCACUCGACAGAACGAGCAUAAAAGCACUUUUCUGCAGCGCACUUGUCAUACUUCUGACGAUCCAUGCGCAGGAUUUUGCCGACGUCAAUGGUGAUCGCAGGUCAGGACGACGAACACCGCCGAUUGUAGCGCUAGAAGGAUCUCGUAUCUACAUGCUUUGUGCACUUCCGCUAUUUUCUUUUGCGCUUGCCUCAUUUUGGAGUUUGGGCCCUUUUUCCACUGUUCUUUUUGUUUCUAUGGGUUCUUGGGUCGGAAUUCGCUACUUUCUCUUCCGCGACGAGAUUUGUGACCAGUCAAACUACCGCCUGUAUAACAUAUGGCUCAUGGGCGUUCAUCUUUUGCCAGCUAAUGUGCAUUUUCGUGCAUUGGCAUGGUAGUACCUCGUUGCGUCAUGGUGGGGAAGCAUUCUAGAUGACUUCCCUCUCAGAGGAAACAUCGGUGAUAGGUCACUUGCCAAUUGCAUGGCAUGGCUGCCACUAGUAUAAUAUAUGUGCACUCAAUUUAGGCAUCCGUUUUACAUGCAUAAUAAUUUUACAUCUGC